AAGUUCUGGUUUGCGCUGACGAUCCCGCCGCAGUAAGCUUCAGUAGCGAGAGUAAAGAAGGGGGUCCCUAUGCAACGACGACCCCCUUGAACUGACCAGCAAUGCCGGGCAUCGUCGUUUUCAAGAGAAGAUGGUCGGUGGGGUCAGACGACUUUGUUGUCCCAGCCGUCAUUCUUCUACUGCUGCACACCGCAUGGCUCAUUGUUCUGGCUGUGGUCCUGUCCGUUGUCGAUUUCAACGACGAUUCCCCAUGUGUUGUAGAUCUUUACGAACACGUUUUGGGCUAUAUGGUAAUUUUAUCAGGAUGUGUAGUAGUCGAAGCUUUCAUCUCCUGGGUCAGUAUGAGAGGAACUAUCCUCAUUACCGCUCCCAGAACAUCCAUGCAGUAUCUCCUCUAUGUUCGACUUGGUAUACUGGUUGUGGAAUUCGCCUGGCUGGUUGUUGGAGUAGUUUGGUUAGUGAAACAUUACAAUACAUGCCCCGUUGGGUUAGCUAAGAGAGCCAUAUUAGGCAUCGUCAUAUGCAACUGGUGCGUGCUUAUAAGCGUCUUGAUUACCACCUGGUGCACUUUCGAUGCAGCUGGACGAUCCUGGGUAAAAAUGAAGCAGUACCAAAUGAGCAUGAAGCAGAAGGAAAUUGAACGUGGACAUAAGAAAUUUGAAAAACCGAGAGUUAGAAGGUCUGGAACAAGUCACAGGAACUGGAGACACAGGAAAGCUAUGAGAGAGUACCAAGACAGCUGGAAUAGAAGAUGCCGCCUGCUGUUUUGCUGCAUUGGACAUUCCGAUCAACAAAGGAAUAAUUUUGCGGAUAUUGCCAAGCUCUUAUCGGACUUCUUUCGAGAUCUGGACGUGGUUCCUUCGGAUGUAGUGGCCGGUCUUGUACUCCUCCGAAAAUUGCAAAGACUUGAAAGGCAGCAAACAGUUGACAAGGCUGAUGAUGACACUUAUCAGUUUCUUUCUGGUGUUCCAAUCACUCCAGCUACAAAGUUUCUUGAUAUUACUCAUCCUGCUGUUGCGGAUGAAAUUUUGACCAUAACUCACUAUUUCCACUACGCAUUGGCUAUCUACGGUUGGCCUAUGUUUAUGAUGGUUCAAAGCAAAACAGCUUGCUGCCAACUUUGCCCUUACUUAAGGUGCUAUUGCUUUUCGACGGAAGAGAAAAAGAGAUAUGACUCUGCGACUGUGGUUGACGAUAACUGUUGUUUUUGCAAUUAUGCAGCCCUUCGUCGACUCUGUCGAGAAUAUAACAUGGAGAUUAUCUUCGUAACAUACCAUGUGGAGAUUGGAGAAACACCAUUUUUUGUUGCUCUUGAUCAUGAAAAACGUACAGUUGUGAUCUCAAUAAGAGGAACACUUUCCUUGCAGGAUGUCGUCACCGAUUUAAAUGCAGAAGCAGAUCAGCUUCCUACAGAGCCUAGACACGACGAUUGGCUAGGCCAUAAGGGGAUGAUUCAAGCAGCUGAAUACAUCCGCCAAAAACUGAAUGAGGAAGGAGUCCUCACUCAGGCCUUCAACCACAGCCCUGAGAAAGGAACACAUAACUAUGACCUUGUACUUGUUGGACAUUCCCUCGGGGCCGGAGCAGCGUCCAUUUUGGCCAUUUUGUUACGCAGUGACUACCCCAACUUAAUUUGUUACGCCUAUUCUCCUCCUGGUGGUCUUCUCAGCCUUCCUGCUGUUGAAUACACAAAAGAAUUCAUAAUAUCCGUGGUGUUGGGUAAAGAUGUCGUUCCUAGGAUUGGAUUGCAUCAAAUGGAAGCUUUGCGCUCAGAUCUCAUAAAUGCUAUUAAGAAGAGCCAGGAUCCAAAAUGGAAAAUUAUAAUGGGCGGCGUUUUCUGUUGCUGCCCCGAAGACCUGAAAUUCGAUUCCAUGGAAGGAUUUGGGGACAAAUCCAACUUUCGAGACGUGACAACGCAUCCCAGUGAUUCAUCAAUAGCUCUGACUGUUCAUCAGCCUUUAUAUCCACCAGGAAGAAUCAUACAUAUUGUUCGAAACCACCCGAAGAAAGAAGACCAAAAAUAUGAAACUAAAUGGAGAAAAUUCGUGAAAAAACACGAUCCUGUUUAUCAAGCACUAUGGGCAGACAAUGUGGAUUUUGAUGAAGUUUUGAUUUCUCCCGUAAUGGUUCAAGAUCAUAUGCCAGACAAAGUUCUCGAUGCUUUAGAAAAGCUGUUGAUAAAUACUGGGCCGGCAAAGCCACAGAGACAAUUCUCAGAAGCUGAUCGACGCCAAUUUACUAAUAUAGAAACAACCGAAUUAGGAGCACGUACACCACCACAUCGAUUAGUUUUAGAAACAAGUUUCACUGAUCUUCAGCCAGAAAGCGAGGGAACGAUUACUGGACAUAAUGAACAUCCUCAAUCAAAUAGUAACUGGGAUUAUAACAACGCAGGCGGCGCAGAAGCAUCCAAUGGUUCCAAAGAAUCUGAUAUGGAGAAGAAGGAUUGGAUGCGAAUGGCUCCAUUAGCUUCCCCUGAAACUUUAUCCGAUGUUUCCAGCAUUUCUUCGAAGGGAAGUAGUCAAAAGGCAAACAACGGAAACAGACUUUCAUGGGGAGGUGUUCCCACCAUGGAACCUAUUGCACAGUCACCAGCAGUACAAAGACCUAAUUCAGACUCUUUGGCCAUUGAUUUAAGCGCAUGUUCGUCUCACACAUUGAGAGUGGAUUCUGGAACUGAUUUUGAAGACAGCAGUAUUAAUGAUCCAAUGUGUUACAAAGUGGUUACUGAAGCAACUGUAGAAAUAAACACUAUGCGAGAAGAUUUACACUCUUCGCAUUUAAUGGAUCCAUCUCGGCUCUGUUUAGAUAUUGAAGGUAUAAAAGAAAACGUACAAUAUAUGAAUGGAGGACGUAAUAUAUUUGGAGCAGAUAGUACUUACGCAAGUACAAGUACAGAACAAACCAUUGAAAGGCUUUUCACUCCCCAUGAGCCAAAACGAGUUACUUUCGACUUGUAUGACACUCAAAAGAUGGCAAGAGAAGUAUCUGAAGACAGCAUGUAUAAUUCCGGUGAAUCUUUUGUUCCAACAUAUCCAGAAUACAGUAACCAACAGGAAUAUGGAAGUCAUGGAUAUAUGUAUACUCCAUGUGGUUAUGCCAGUUACAGUCCCAUAUCAUCACCUACAAUGGAACACUCAAUAUCAGAUGUACAGCUUUUCAAAAUAUCUGAACAACCAACUGUGCACAAAUCUUCCAAAGAUAAAGAUACACCCAAAGCACAAGAAAUGCCACCUGUCCAUGAAGAACCAAUAAUAACAUCGUCACCAAGAAAAUCUCACCAAAAAAAUGUUGUCAUUGAUGUAGAAGUGUCAAAACCAUCAAAUUGCGGUGACUAUAAGGAACCACCAACUGAAAGCAGCUUAUAGUCAAUGAUUGUUUCUCAAUGACAUAUUUCUUGCAAGUUUUUCCUGUUCUUCCACGUGACAGGUCAAUCGACCAUGUGAUACUAUUCAAAGUGCAGGAUUUAUGUCAGUUAAGAAUUUUUCCUCACUGGCACUCAAGUGCAAAUGUAAUAUACUUUAGUAUGGCUAACUGCCAUGCAAUCUUUUGAAUUCCUAGUCAUUCCAAAACGAGUUUUGAAGUUGAUUUCUGUGAAACCAAGUUUUCGAAAUUAUCUAU